AACAAAACCUUCUUUUUGCUUGCCCGCGUAACCUAUCAUGAUGAUCCCAUCAAGAAUUGGUCUUAUUGUUUUCUCGACAACGUCUAAUUCCUCGUACUCUUUUUUAUUAAUAAAAAUUAUCUGCCUCCUUUGUGUUUCUUUACUUCCUCAAAUUCUGCACUCACUCGUUCAAUCCCUGCGACACUUCCUCUUUUUUCCAAACCCACGUCUCAGUCUCUCUUGUUCAUUGCAAUUGUAAUUUCGCGUGAAAUUUUGAAGGGGGGAAAAAAAUCUAAUCUAUCUGUCUAUUUUUGUUCACACGCAAUGUAUCCCACGACUACAAUCGAAUUGUGGAAGGCAAAUUUAUAAAAAGAAAUAGCAGAAAGCAUUUCAUUGUGGGGCUUCGGAAAUGAGCAUAGGAAAUAUCGACGUGAUUUGAUGUCAUCACUUUUACAACCACCAAAUCUGGCGGAUUCCUCGAUGCCGAAUCUUCCCCACGCUCUUCUCUUCUUGACUUCCCUUACUUCCUCCUAACCCAUCAUGAAUCACGUUCACUCCUCUGCCCUCUCCAUUAUCAUCACCUAUUCACCUUCCUGCUUAUUCUUUUCCAACUUGUUGACCACUCAUCUCUCGCUACUCCCUCUUCUUUUCCUUUCUUCUCGCCCUUUUUUAGAUUCGCUUCUUAUCCGGAGCCAUGAUAAUCCCCUUCUCCCUUCAUCAAACUUCGCCGUUCGAUCUAAUCGAAACGCCUUGUGGGCUAGCAGUUUUGUCCAAUAAAUGUAUGUUAAAUGGAGGGAAAUGUAUGAAACCGUCUUCGCGGAUCCUUUGUUCUUCUACGGAACAAGGGCUUCGACCCCGGCCCAUGCCCAAACCUUCGAAAAUCGGUUUUGAUGAAAGACAAGAACCGGUCUUAGAGAGAUCCCGGAUUAAAAAACCCCCUUCAGGACUAUGUAGCCAGAUAGAGAAGCUGGUUUUGUGCUGUAGGUACCGUGAGGCGUGGGAAUUGUUUGAAUUUCUGGAGCUUCAAAGUGGUUAUGAUGUGAGUAGCAGCACAUACGAUGCGUUAGUAAGUGCUUGCAUUGGUCUGAAAUCGAUAAGUGGCGUCAAGAGGGUGUUCCGUUACAUGGUUACUAAAGCGUUUGAACCAGAUCUAUAUAUGAGGAACAGAGUGUUGCUGAUGCACGUGAAAUGCGGUCUGAUGGUUGAUGCGUGCAAACUGUUCGGUGAAAUGCCUGAGAGGAAUUUGUUGUCCUGGAACACAAUCCUGGCGGGACUUGUUGACUCGGGAAGAUGCACGGAAGCCAUUAGAUUAUUUCUAAUCAUGUGGGAAGAGGUUUCUGAUGGUUGCUCUCGCACUUUUGCUACCAUGAUUCGAGCAUCUGCUGGAUUGAGUCUUAUUCAUAUUGGAAGACAGUUUCAUUCUUGCGCUCUGAAAAUAGGUGUAGGCGAAGAUAUUUUUGUGUCUUGUGCACUGAUUGACAUGUAUAGUAAGUGCGGCGUCAUUGAAGAUGCUCAAUUUGUGUUUGAUUUAAUGCCAGAAAAGACAAUUGUAGGAUGGAAUUCCAUUAUUGCCGGUUAUGCACUUCAUGGCUACAGCGAGCAAGCUCUGGAAAUGUAUUAUGAGAUGCGCGAUUGUGGUGUUAAAAUGGAUCAUUUUACAUUUUCAAUAGUCAUAAGAAUAUGCGCAAGAUUGGCUUCACUAGAACAUGCGAAACAAGCUCAUGCUGCUUUAGUUCGUCAUGGUUUUGGUUCUGACAUAGUGGCUAACACAGCUCUUGUGGACUUCUAUAGCAAAUGGGGAAGGAUGGAAGAUGCUCGACAUGUUUUCAAUAGGAUGCCUUGCAAGAAUGUUAUAUCUUGGAAUGCAUUGAUUGCUGGAUAUGGCAAUCAUGGUCAGGGUGAUGAAGCAGUGAACAUGUUUGAGCAGAUGCUUCGAGAAGGGAUGAUUCCCAACCAUGUCACUUUUCUUGCUGUCUUAUCUGCAUGCAGUUAUUCAGGAUUAUCAGAAAGAGGCUGGGAAUUUUUUCAAUCUAUGAGUCGAGACCACAAGAUUAAGCCCCGAGCAAUGCAUUAUGCGUGUAUGAUCGAAUUGUUGGGUAGACAGGGCCUUUUAGACGAGGCUUUUGCAUUAAUCAGAAGUGCACCUUUUAAACCAACGACUAACAUGUGGGCAGCGUUGCUGACAGCAUGCCGUAUGAAUGAGAAUUUAGAGCUUGGGAAGUUUGCGGCGGAAAAACUAUAUGGAAUGGAGCCAGAGAAGCUGAGUAAUUACGUGGUGCUCUUGAAUAUAUACAAUAGAGCUGGCAAGUUGAAGGAAGCUGCUGGUGUUGUUCAGUCCUUAAAGAGGAAGGGUUUAAGAAUGCUUCCAGCAUGUACCUGGAUUGAAGUUAAGAAGCAGCCAUUUGCUUUCCUUUCUGGAGAUAAAUCUCACCCGAAAGCAAAAGAAAUAUACCGAAAAGUGGAUGAUCUGAUGCUCAAGAUAUCAAGACAUGGUUACAUUGUUGAGAAUAGAACUUUGCUUCCUGACGUAGAUGAAGACGAACAACGCGUAUUGAAAUACCAUAGUGAGAAAUUAGCAAUAGCUUUUGGAUUGAUCAGCACUAGAGAAUGGACCCCUUUGCAAAUAACUCAGAGCCAUCGCAUAUGUAGCGACUGCCAUAUUGCAAUUAAAUACAUAGCAAUGGUUACCGGACGAGAAAUUGUAUUGAGAGACGCUAGCAGAUUCCACCAUUUCAGAAAUGGGACUUGUUCUUGCGGUGACUACUGGUAAUGAGGAGGGGUGAUGAAACUUACCCAUAACGCGCAAGCAUUUUUCUUAGUGUCCAUUCAAUUUGCAUACUAGACCGAUAUAUACGAGGGUAUUGCCAUGUGGGAUUAGUGCAACACACGAUCUUACGUUAUGCGUGCUCAAGUAUUUUGGCCGUUGUAAACAUUUUUCUUUGUUCAGCUAGGCAGGUACUGAUAUAUAGAUAUGGUUGUGAAAUUUUAAAUUUCUUUUCCGAGUUACACUAAUCAAAGCCUGAUUUCUUCCGUCA